UCUUUCAUUUGAGAAGAUCAAACCUCAAUAAGUAUAUAUUGAACUGGCAAUGCGUUUGGUGUGUGUCAAAUCCAAUCUCCUCCACAAAGUCUCACCUUCUCUUCUCUUCUCUUUCAGAAAGCUUGCGGACACAAAGGCAUCAUGUCUGCAUCCGAGUCGGUUGGAAACAACACUCAGAAAAAGCUUAUAAAAAUAGAUAUCAGUUCAGACACUGUGUGUCCAUGGUGCUUUGUGGGCAAAAAAAAUCUUGACAAAGCUAUAGCUGCAUCUAAAGAUAACUAUGACUUUGAGAUUAGAUGGCAUCCAUUUCAACUUAAUCCUUCUGCCCCAAAAGAAGGCAUCAAUAAGAAAGAGUAUUACAGGAACAAGUUUGGAUCUCAAACUGAGAGGAUAGAAGCUCGGAUGUCGGAGGUUUUUAGAGGCCAUGGAUUGGAAUAUAACCUUUCAGGACUCACGGGAAAUACUCUAGACAGCCACAGGCUUAUGCAUUUCGUUGGGCAACAGGGUCUUGAUAAGCAACAUAAUCUUAUGGAGGUGCUCUCUCUUGGCUACUUCACUCAGGCAAAAUUUAUUGGUGACCAGGAAUUUCUUCUGGAAUCUGCUAAAGAGGUUGGGAUAGAGGGGGCAGAAGAGUUUCUUCGAGACCCCAACAAUGGGUUAAAGGAGGUUAAUGAGGAGCUUGAGAAGUACUCAGCAAGUAUUUCAGGCGUCCCAUAUUUUGUGAUUAAUGGAAGCCAGAAAUUGAGUGGUGCCCAACCCCCAGAGGUCUUUCUAAGAGCUUUCCAAGUAGUCUAGUUGAGAACCUUACAGAUUAAAGCUUCUAUUUCAGUUGUUAAUAAAAGGACAGCAUAUCUUUGCCUGCUUUAAUAUUAUGAUAUGUGUGGUUGAGAUACUUAUUGGUCCCUGUAUUAUGCCUUGUGUUUACAGUUAUAGUGACAUGUAUGUCUUAUAGUAAAAUGGUGUGAAUAAGAUUGUCUUCAUUUAAUAAU